AUGAAUCUCACGUUUGCCAAUAAUCUUGAAAAACAGAAAAAUGUGAAUCGCAAGGAAGAAAGACGUGACUGUGUAAUUGAAUUCUGGAACACAAUUGGUUCGCCAGUGUUUCAUAUCCGGACGACAGCACUGGGAUCGAAAUCAGCCGAAUCACUUCUUUGGGCUGGUGACCUGUUGCUCGCUUCACAUCUCGAUGGUUCUAUUACCGGGCAUCGCCUGCACACAUCCGAAUACUGGACAUCACAACUUUGUCCAAGUCCACUGUGGUGUUUAGCUUCAAUAUCAGCGAGUGCCUUUUGCGCUGGUUCUGAUUCUGGAGCGGUAUUGCUGUUUGCGCUCCAGGAUGAUUGGAUUGCAUCAACGAAAACAAUAUCCACCGGUUUCGAUGCACAUAUUAUGUCGUUGGCGUGCAAUGGUACUACCAUUGCUGCUGGUACCAUGGAUGAAAUCAUGCUAAUCAAUGUGCAGAAGCAGCGUAUCGAACAUACAUUGAAAUUGCCGCGCGUUGAAAAGCGCAAACCAACAAUUGUCUGGUGCCUCUGCUUCAUUGGUGAUUUAUUGGCAUCCGGUGAUUCGCGUGGAUACAUAACCUUCUGGAACCCAUCAGAUGGCGCAUUUUCACAUGCUGAUGUCCUAUCGAUGGCUGUAGCCGACGAGACACUCUAUGCUGCCGGUGUUGAUCCAACAAUAGCUCGACUUGCUCCCAAUCAGGACCGUACUGCUUAUCGGGUGGAGCAUCGAAGGACGGUUCAUGGGAACGAUGUUCGUGCUUUAGUUGCAUCGAAACAUAGGCCAGUUUUGUAUUCCGGUGGCGCUGAUUAUUAUUUUUGCAGUAGCAGUCGCUUAAAACACAGCAAUGGCUUGAAAAAUAUUGUAUGUAAUGUUGCACCGGAUGCCGAUCUUUUCUCAUAUCAGUACACAAAUCGUAUUGUUAUUUGGAGAACUGGAAUAGCAGCUGAAGAUAUUGCCUCGCCGAGGAAAGGCAUUUAUUCCUUAAAAUGUGGCCCAUGCCCUAAGCCGAAAAGGUAA